UUUACCUAUUUAUCUCAUCCAACAGCCACUGGAGCGUGAUUUGUUAUAAUAAGAAACAUAAUAAGAAGUGCAUAGACCAAGAAAUGGAACUGAACGGAGCUCAGAACAAUGGCAUCAACGGGAACUUCAUGUACGGGAACAGUGUCCAUCAUGUGAGUGUGCGGACUCAAGUGAGUGUGAACCCGGCCAAACUGAAGAGCCUCAGGCAGAGAUGGAACGUCAGACCCUCAGAGAUGUCCAAAAAAACACUCAACCCCAUCCGAGCCAUAGUGGACGGGAUGAAACUCACUCCCAACCCCGAGAAACCCAUGAUUGCUCUAUCCAUUGGUGACCCAACUGUGUUUGGGAACAUGCCAACAGAUGACACUGUUUUACAGGCAGUGAAGGAGGCCAUAGACUCACACAAAUACAAUGGCUAUGCUCCCUCAGUUGGUUACCAAAAGAGCAGAGAAGCUGUUGCAAACUUCUACAGCUGUCCAGAAGCUCCACUGGAAGACAAAGAUGUGAUCUUGACCAGUGGCUGUAGCCAGGCUAUAGAGUUGGCCAUCAACGUGUUGUGUAACCCAGGGGACAAUAUCUUAGUUCCACGUCCUGGAUUCUCCCUCUAUAAGACGCUGGCAGUGUCUAUGGGCAUCCAAGUCAAGCACUACAAUCUGCUGCCGGAGAAGUCCUGGGAGAUUGAUCUUCAGCACCUGGAGAGUCUGAUCGAUGACAAAACAGCCUGUCUGAUUGUCAACAACCCAUCCAAUCCGUGCGGCUCUGUGUUCUCCAGAGAACACCAGCAUAAGAUUCUUUCCGUGGCAUCAAGAAACUGUAUCCCUAUCCUUGCUGAUGAGAUCUACGGAGACAUGGUAUUCCCGGGCUGUGAUUUUUAUUUAAUGCUGGCUCACCCUCAGGUAGGGAUCGAGAUGGAACACUUCCCAGAUUUCCAGAAUGAUGUGGAGUUCACUGAACGGCUGGUCACUGAGCAGUCUGUGUUCUGUUUGCCCGCUACGGCAUUUGAAUAUCCAAACUUCUUCCGAAUUGUGGUAACCGUCCCAGAGGAGAUGAUGAUUGAGGCAUGCAUUCGGAUCAGAGAAUUCUGUGCACGUCACUAUCGACCUCGGAGCCAAGACAGCCACGAAUUGGACCAGUGAAAGAAACAGACAGAGAGCGAAAGGUCAAAGGAGGAAAGGAAAGGUCAAAGAGCAAAGCAAAGUGGUGUAUAAAGCUGAAGAAUGAAUCAAAGUGUUAUAAGAGAGGACACAGUUAUGUGCAUUACAUGUGAUGUGCUUUCCCUUUCAGGAAACCCACAGUUCUAUGCAAACAUCAUAUUUAUAUUUUUUAUAUGUAUUAUGGCUAGUAUUAUAUAGGGAAGGGGUGGGAGGGUAGUUUGAGGGUUAUUAAAUGAAUAUAUAUAUUCAUUAUUGUAAAAUAUUGUAGUCUUUUUUUUUUUCCUUACACUGUAACAGACAUUGUGGCAAGUUUGGGAAGCCUUGUGACCAAACCAUAAAGCCAUUUCAUGUGUAUCCUGCAUGAUGUGAAGUAUUUAUCCAAUAUGUGACGUUUUAGGAAUGGAAUAUUUUGUAGUGCAUCUGUUUAAUUUGCAUGCCCAACCACUUUGAGAGUCAAAAUGACAUAUAUGGCACGUAUAUGACAUCUAAUGUUUU